AUGACUACCUCUACUACCACCUGGGACAAGAUCGCCGCCGAGAAGCGCGCGGCACGCGACGCCCUCAUCCCCAAGGAGUGGCUUGUCGAGGUCGCCGACGAUGUCAUCGAUGUCAUGGACAUCCCCGCCAAGUCGGGCGUCCUCUCCGCCGCCGAGUUGGAGAUUACCGAGACGGCGGCACCAGCCCUCAUCAAGAAGAUGGUGGAUAAGGAACUUACUUCCGAGGCCGUCACUGUCGCGUUCUGCAAGCGUGCGGCUAUCGCGCAGCAGGUGACCAACUGUCUCACCGAAAUCUUCUUCGAGCAAGCCAUCACCCAGGCUAAGAAGAUCGACGACGCUUACGCCCAGACCGGCAAGCCUGCCGGUCCUCUCCACGGCCUCCCUGUCUCGCUCAAGGACAACUUCAACGUCAAGGGCUACGACACGACAGUCGGCUUCGUCGCGUGGUGCAACGAGGCUGCCAAGAUCGACUCGGAACUGGUCAAGCUCCUCCAUGAGCAGGGUGCUGUGCUCUUCUGCAAGACUAACAUUCCAACCGCAAUGAUGAUCGCCGAGUCGUACAACAACGUCUGGGACUACACCUGCAGCCCGUGGAACCGCAACACGUCAUCGGGGGGUUCGUCGGGAGGUGAGGGUGCUCUCGUCGCCUUUAAGGGUUCGCCGCUUGGCGUUGGCACCGACAUUGGUGGCUCGAUCCGUAUCCCGUCCGCGCUCUCGGGAAUCUACGGCCUCAAGCCCUCGUUCGGCCGCUUUCCGACGUAUGGUUCCCGCUCGGGUAUGCCUGGUCAGGAGGCCGUGCGCUCGAUCAACGGGCCCAUGUCCUCGUCGCUCGAGGCUUGCACGCUCUUCUCCAAGACCGUUGUCGACUCGCAGCCAUGGCUCCGCGACCCUCAGUGCCUCCCGAUCCCAUGGCGCGAGGUCGAGCUUCCGCAGCAGCUCGUCUUUGGCAUCUUGAUGGACAACGGGAUCGUCCGCCCCACGCCUCCCGUCACCCGUGCCCUUCUCGAGACUAAGAAGGCCCUCGAGGCUGCUGGUCACAAGGUCAUCGAGUGGACGCCAUUCGACCUCGCAGAGUCCAAGAGCCUGAUUGAGCGCUUCUUCGUCGGCGACGGAGGGGUCAAGAUCUCCAGUACGAUCGCCGCCGGCUCCGAGCCAUGGCCCAAGGGCCUCACUACUUACCAGCAGGCCGCCGAAAAGUCCAAGUCGUCCCCCCCACUCGUCGGGGACCUUUGGACUCUCCAGGCGGAGCGUAACGCCUACAACAAGGGCAUGCUCGACGCGUGGAACGCGACCGUGGAGAUCACUGGCACCGGGCGCCCUAUCGACGGCCUCAUCUCGCCCGUCACUGCUUACGCCUCGUGCCCGCGCUACACUUUUGCGCACGUCACGUACACGUCCGUGUGGAACAUUACCGACCAGAGCUCGGCCGUGUUCCCAGUGACCCGGGUCACCGAGGCCGACGUUAGGCCCGAUGACCUUGGAGAGUUCCGCAACGAGGAGGAGAAGAAGGUGUGGGAAUCAUAUGACCCCAAGGUUGUCGUCGGUGCACCCGUCGGUCUCCAGAUCGUCACCCGCCGCCUUGAGGAGGAGAAGGCCCUGGCCUUGGCUGGCGUCGCGGCCAAGGCGCUCGGCAAGUAG